CCUUAAAAUCCUUCCCCUGCUUGACUGGCACUUGACUGCUGAGCGCAGCGCGAGAGCACUUCAGUGCGUUUAAAAGCAGACAUGGCGACGCACGCGAGCAUGUGCUGCCGCCUGUUCGGGAGACGGACCUGUUUACCACAUUUGGGAAAACUCUUCGGUCAGCGCGUGAACGGAAACAUUGGACGACGUUGUUACGGUGCUACGUACGAGGAAAAUGAGGCUGAACUUGGAGACUCGACUUCAUCUGGUGCCAACUUUGCGUCAUCACUGAAAACCGGGUCCAGAGUAGUAACUGAGAGGCCGAGAGAUGACAGCAUUCUUCCCUUUUCAGCGUUUUUGACUGACAGCUUUGGGCGGAGGCACAGCUACCUGCGCAUCUCCCUGACAGAGAAAUGCAACCUCCGCUGUCAGUACUGCAUGCCAGACGAGGGGGUGAAGCUGACGCCCCGCAGCCAACUGCUGACCACCUCGGAAGUACUGACCCUGGCUCGCCUCUUUGUCCAUGAGGGGGUGGAGAAGAUCCGCCUCACUGGAGGGGAGCCGCUCAUCAAACCUGACGUAGUGGAGAUCCUCAAGGAACUGAGGAAGUUGGAGGGCCUGAAGACCAUUGCAGUGACAACCAACGGCAUGAACUUGGCCAGGCUUUUACCUAAGCUGAAAGAAGCCGGCCUUGACCUGAUUAACAUCAGCCUGGAUUCGCUGGUCCCUGCUAAGUUUGAGUUCAUUGUCAGGCGGAAAGGGUUCCACAAGGUGAUGGAGGGCAUCGAUAAGGCCAUCGAAAUGGGAUUCAACCCUGUGAAGGUGAACUGCGUGGUCAUGCGAGGCCUCAAUGAGGAUGAGCUGCUGGACUUUGUGGCGCUGACGGAGAAGAAGCCUCUGGAAGUGCGCUUCAUCGAAUACAUGCCCUUCGAUGGCAACAAGUGGAACUUUAAGAAGAUGGUGAGUUACCAGGAGAUGCUGGACCUCAUCAGGCAGAAGUGGCCCGACCUGGAAACCCUUCAAACUAAAUGCCAAACUGCAAAGAUGUUUAAAGUGCCGGGCUUCAAAGGGCAGGUGGGCUUCAUCACCUCAAUGUCCGAACAUUUCUGUGGCUCCUGCAACCGCCUGCGUAUCACAGCAGAUGGCAGCCUCAAGGUGUGUUUGUUUGGGAACUCCGAGGUGUCUCUGAGAGAUGUGUUGCGCUCCGGGGCCUCGGACGAAGAGCUCCUGCAAAUCAUCGGAGCCGCUGUGGGCAACAAGAAGAAACAGCAUGCAGGCAUGUUCAAUAUCUCGAAGAUGAAGAACAGGCCUAUGAUCCACAUUGGCACCUCUUCCCAAAGGCCUUUGUCUCCGGUGCAGUUGCGAGACAGCCGGAAGGCUUUCCCCACCGUUCCCCUCCUUCCGAAGUUCAUGUUCUUCUCUUCAGCCGCCCCCCCUCAGCAUUUGUGCUCAGGCGGCGGCCGAGCCCCCCACAGAGAGGGUUUCUUGUGCCUUCGGGACUUCACUGCUUCUACACAGGCUGCCCGUGUUUGCUCCUCGACGCCCUCAAUGAGGUCACAUGUCAUCAAUGAUAACUGUGUAGCCCCCCCUCACUACCCUGGGUUAGUCAGUGGUGUGGAUCUCAUCGGCGCUCACACUGGGACGGCACGCACAAACACCUUGAGCCUCAGGUACCCAGAAGCCGGGGGUCCUUACGCUCUGACCAAACACCCCCUCAGGACCCCAGGAGCGCCGGUUUUCUGCACACAACUACUGAAUGCCAACAGAGAUGUCAAACAGCACGAUGUCAGACUGUGUCACAGUCGGAGCUGUGGAGAUCCCGGCGGUGAACUCGGACCGAGCAGCCGGACACGCUCGAGCCCCGACGACUCUGCCGAAGCUCAACUUACUCACGUGGACGGCGAGGGCCGAGCCACCAUGGUGGACGUCUGCGGUAAAGCCCCCACGCGGAGGACGGCCUCGGCUAGCGCGACCGUCCUCCUGGGCCACACCGCCUUCCGGUUGCUCCGGGACCACCAGCUGGCCAAGGGCGACGCCUUGGCCACGGCGCAGCUGUCUGGCAUCAUGGCCGCCAAGCAGACCUCCGCCCUCAUCCCGCUGUGCCACGCGCUCCCACUGGACCACACCUCGGUCACCUUUGAUCUCGUCGAGCCACAGAAUGCUGCGGUCGUGACGGCGACGUGUCGCUGCACCGGCCGGACGGGGGUCGAGAUGGAGGCUCUGACAGCCGCCUCCGUUGCCGCGCUGACCAUCUACGACAUGUGCAAGGCAGUGAGCCAUGACAUCAUCAUCACAGACGUGAAACUGGUCAGUAAGACAGGCGGGAAGAGGAACUUUCAUCGUCCUUCCUGAUUCCCCCCCCUCCCAGACUCUAUUGUGCCCUGGGGUAACAAUACCAACCGAGGAGAACAACACUAAUUGAUCAAAAUCGUUUUUUCAAACUUCUUCCCCCAGUGGAAUUGUGUCAUUGUUCAACGAGCCUCAGAAUCCUGGUGUCACAUGUAGGGUUUCUCCUCCUCGGUCUUCUCUAACAGCAUUUACCAAAUUUUCAAAGAUGUAACCCCCACAGAAACCAAGUUUCUUUUCUACGAUUGCGUCUCUCCACUGCCCUCUGCCCUCUGCACAGGGCCAGGGGACAGGCCUCAUGGCCUAUAAACAGGUGAGCAGGACUAAAUGUCUGUCCACAGAUAACUGGUGGAAGAUGAAUGCCAUUUCAAGUUAUGCCUUUACUGAAUUUCAUUUGAGAUUUUGUUUUCAUUCUUCAUGUACACAGGAAGACUUAUUUGUACUCUAGAAUGACCAUAAGGUAACUUCUGUUGCCUUAAAGUGGCCAGCAUCCAUAGAGAGGCUGAUUACACAAGUAACCCUAAAGAAGUACUCCUCUCCGAGUCCUGAAUAUUUCUAUUUUUGUAUUGUAGCCAAUACCAGAGUUCAGUGUUCACAUCCAGUUACCUUCCUUGCCACGCUCUCAUUAUUUAUGUGAAAACGUUCCUCACACGUGGCUCAAAUCAAUCAAUCAAUCAAAUGUCCUAUUGGCCACAAAACGAAUAAACACAUGGCAGGUUAUUGGAUCAACCAUCUGUCAAACACUUAGUGAGGCCAGUAUUUAUGAUUUGCCUUGAGCCUUGAGGAUUUGUUUUUUGUUGUGCUGCUGGGAAUCCAGUAGAUACCACGUUGGUUCUGUUCUUCUAUCAAACAUCUUUUUAAGAAAGAACUGUAAACAGUCACAACCCCUGCCACACUAUCUCUGCCUUGCAGGCCUCUCUCGCUUGGAAGAUAACUUUAGGCCCCAAUUUGUGACCUUAAAGCGUUUCCUUAUUGGAAAGCGUCCUUUCUGUGUCGUCUGGUUAAACAGCAUCUUUUAUUCUGGAUCACUUUAACUUGUUAGGUGCGCGUGUGUGUGUGUGAUGAGGAAAUAUGUAAAUUGAUACAAUGUAAUGUGUAAAAGCUUGAUUAAGUUGGAUUCAGUGUGAUGGACAAUGAUUGACAGCCACGGGUAAGUGCUGAAAUUGACAUUCAAUUCAUUGUAUUUUGUAUAGGCCAAAAUAACAAAGGGCUUUAUCUGCACACAACCGCCUCUGUCCUGAAACCCUCACAUAAGCACAGGGAAAAAAACUCCUCCAAUGUGAAAAAAAAAGAGAAACCAUAGGGAUGAGGAACCUAACCCUAUAAGGCAUGUGCAAUGAGGAUCCCCAGCAGACGCUGCCUCUCUCAAAGGGACCAAAAGAACUAAGAAGCGCUGACGGGUCGUAAAGUGAGUCAUGUGAAACCUUGAUGUUCGUCUCCUCAGGUCUAAAUAUAACAACCAUAACUGGAGUUUGUGUUAGUAUUGUUUCUUUUUAAAUUUUGUUAUAUCAUCAUCUGAAAAGUCUCAAGUGUUGCUGAUCUCCACCUGUAUGAUUUUGCUCUAUUGGAGAAGAAAAAUGAGACGCUCUGCUGAAGAAGAAAAGUAUGAUGCUUCUCUGUCUGCAUUCAUUGCAUCUGCAAGAGUUCCUGGGCUGUCUGUGGCUGCUGAUGUGACGCUGUUGGUUACUGUCAUUAGAGAGGAUCAAGUCCAUCUGGGUCUCCACAGGUGGUGCCGUCUUAAUCAUAGUGCAACUGUGCCUUUGUAUGAUCUCAAGGCAGUGAGUGAUCCUCUGGCUGCAGUGGAAAUGAAUCAUGAAGCUGCUUUCCUCAUCCGUGGUUGACGUUGCCUUACUGGCAGCAGAGGAAGGGUUUAGAUAACUUGCAUCCAUUGUAGCCUCUCUUAUCUCCACCUGCGUGUGAGUGUAAAUGGUUGUUUGUCUCUGUCAGACAUGUGACUCACUCCAGCCCCAUGUUUAUCUCAACUAUUUCAGUGGUAUGUGAACUUAACUUUGCCUCUUCAUAAAACUGAUCCAAACUGAAGCGGUCUACCUUUGGUUGAAAAGGUCGACCCUGUUGGAAAAUGUGCAAUAAUGUCACGUCAUAAUCAGAAGGGGGUUCAGACAAAACCAGACAAGACUGUCAGUACAAUACGAUCUGUGUGUGACGUGUCAGCUGAGAUAAGAUGUCUGACCACUCUGAGUCUCAUGACGGUCUGAUGUAUGUCUCGGGAUAAAGAACAUGACAGUCCUCGCCUAAUGAGAUCUUUGUGCGUGCGCAAAAGCUCCCUCUUAAGAUACCUUAUCCAAGUGUAUAUAUGUUGUUGCUGAAAAGAAAACUUCUGACUAACUGUGUAAUUGACAAAACACUUGUUAGCCACACUGCUUGAUGCUGAGGUGUGUCCUGUGU